UAUUACGUACAUAUAUAAAUGCUGCUCAGGUCUAAAACUACUUCAGUGAAAGGGAAAAGAGUCACCUCAACUCAUUCAGUUCAAGAUGAACAAGAUUGUCUUUUUUAUUCUGCAAGCUGUCCUUCAGUUGGCAGGCAGCACUUCACUGAGGUUCCUCAAGCCAAAUGUUGAGGUUCUGGAGGUGUCAGAUCUGUCCAGCUCAGAGGUGUCACUGCAUUGUGGAGAGCAAUAUGAAGGAGAGCAGAUUCACUGGGAGAGGAAUGGGGAAAGCAUCUCCGAAACAGGAAACCGCAUCACUGUUACGAUAGAUGGGCUGCGUGGCGGAAACUUCACAUGUCACAGAGCAAACGGAGAUCUCCUGAGUUACACACUAUUACUGGUCCAUCCAGUCAAGUUUUCUAAAGGAGGAGUUCUCAUAAAAUCCAGUGAUGGAGAAUUUGUUUCUUGCACUGCGAGAAACUAUAAUGGACAGUUUCAUUGCUCUUGGAAGUGGCAUCAGGAACGGACCAAAAGAGCCGUGGUAUAUUUCACAGCAUUACGGAACUCUAGUCUCAUCAACUGCACUCUGGACUCGGAUAUCUCUGGACUGACUUGUAUCGACAAGGAAUACUGUCCGUACUCCGAAGAGCCUAGGAGCAUCAAUCUCACUCUGUUCGUCAGAAACCUGUAUAGGCUGGAGGAACACCAGAGGACUUUCUUCAUCCGAGACAUUGCCAAACCAGAUAAAGUUAGCAUCACCAUGAUCGAAGAUGAUGUAUUUGAGUGGCGCCCCCCUCAGACGUGGAGUUUCCCCUGCAGUUUCUUUCCUCUCUCCUAUGAGGUGAAAGUCGUUCCCAACAAUCAUGACUGUGACUUCACAGGAAAUCGAGUUGAAAAAAUGGAAACCAACGAGACACAUUACAAGGUGAACAUCAAAAAAUCAUAUACUUUCUGCGUCCGAGCUCAGGACCCACUAACUAAUAAAGUUUGGAGUGACUGGAGUCACCAUCAUAAGAAAAAACACCGGCACACCUCGGAACAAUAAAAGGUCUCAAGGGAACACACCACUCUGCUUGACAAUCUGCCUCCUAUUCCUGAUAAAAUAUUGCAGCUAUUCAUAUUUAUAUACAUUUUAUGUUUUUAAUAUGUGCCACGGUAAAAUGUGUUUGUACAAUAAUUUUCCAGAUAAUUAAAAGUACACUAUGGCUUCAGA